AGAUUAUUGAAGUUUCCACAGACCUUCAGUUGUUGAGAGGUUCGUGCUCAAGUUGAGGACCUAAGCCGCCAGCCAAAAUGUGUAAGGGCCUGGCAGCUCUGCCGCACUCCUGCCUGGAAAGGGCCAAGGAGAUCAAGAUCAAGUUGGGAAUUCUUCUCCAGAAGCCAGACUCUGCUGUUGACCUUGUCAUUCCGUACAAUGAGAAGCCAGAGAAGCCUGCCAAGGCGCACAAGCCCUCACUGGAGGAGGUCCUGCAGUGGCGCCAGUCCCUGGACAAGCUUCUCCAGAACAGCUAUGGAUUUGCCAGCUUCAAAAGUUUCCUGAAGUCCGAAUUCAGUGAGGAAAACCUUGAGUUCUGGGUUGCCUGUGAGAAUUACAAGAAGAUCAAGUCCCCCAUCAAAAUGGCGGAGAAGGCAAAGCAAAUUUAUGAAGAAUUCAUCCAGACAGAGGCCCCUAAAGAGGUGAACAUUGACCACUUCACUAAGGACAUCACCAUGAAGAACCUGCUGGAACCCUCCCCUCACAGCUUUGACUUGGCCCAGAAAAGGAUCUAUGCCCUGAUGGAGAAGGAUUCUCUGCCCCGCUUUGUGCGCUCUGAGUUUUAUAAGGAGUUAAUCAAGUAGUCAUCUGGUCAGGCUUCCAAAAGUUGCCCUGUGAGUUGAGUUACAUCCUCUGUAGCAUCACAGCACCCUCCCAGGCACCUGCACAGUUCUCCAUAGCAGCUUUGCUCCAAGAUACCCAAACACAGGCAAACCACAGGCUGUGUUGCUAACUCUUUCCCUCAUGUUGGUUUGGUUAUGUGGAUCUGUUGUCUAAGGGCCUUCACUUUUUUGUUGUUGUUGUUGUUCUUUCUGACUGCUUUGUAAUAAAGCUUUACCAAGUCACUGUCAGUCUAAGUCACAAAAAUAUCCGGUUUGACAUAAAGCUGUCUGUGCAAAGAAUAGGUGAUAGAUUGCUAUUUUAACUAGGCUGAAAAGAAAACCAGAUGCAAGUGUCCCCUUUCAUGGGGAUUUGACUGAUCUUGUUUAUCGUUUUAAUUCUUAUUCUCUAAUGACUUCAGAAUUUGGUUAGUAAAGAACAGCAAGCUGGUCAUAAGGCAGCCACCAUUGGGUUUUUAAGCAAAUGCAUUAUUUAGCAUUACUGACCUCCCCUAUCUAGAGUACCCCUGUGUUACCUGGACACUCUCAAUAAGAGAUACAAUGAAUACAUUGUGCUUCCAAACAGAAUUCAUUUCAAUUCUGCCCUUUAUGCUUCCAAAUCUCGAGGGUAAAGGGCAGCCUUUGACUCUCUCAAACAAUUAGAAAUGCUAAUGCCCAAACAUCUUUUUGAGCUGUUUCUUAAACAACGGAAACAAUAAUUUCAAAUGGAAACAUUUUCUUCACAUUAGUUGGAAUAUCCGAAUGUCUGAAAGUACCCAAGUAAUGAACUGGCUGUUACCCACUCACCCAGAUGGCUCCUGUCAUGGCGACCUCAAUUGACUCUGCUUACAAAUCGACUGUGGGAAUGGUCAGUCUUGUCAGUGCAGGGUGAGGAGGGUGGGAGGGGUGCCUCAAGAGCAGUGCUGUGAGGCCACAAAAGGAUGCAGGAAGGCAUGUUUCUGCAGUCUAAGGGCUGCAUCAUAUAUCCAGGCAUUUACUAUAUCACUAUAUAAUUUUAAAUUUAAAGCAAUAUAUAUAUAUAUAUAUAUAUAUAUAUAUAUAUAUAUAUACAUAUCUAUGCACACACACACACACACACACACACACACACACACACAUAUAUUCUUUUAAUAUAUAAGAUAGACAAUGAGAGGUAAGUAGUCUAGCUCCAAAGGAGAACCCAAAUGUAUUAAAAUUGGACUAGGAACUAUUUGUAGGAAACAACAACAACAACAAACCUCCAUGUUAGUAAUAGUUCCUAUGGUAACAAGAAGAAAAUACAUUCUUUUAAGUCUGAGAAAUGAGAAAAAAAUGGUAUGACCUUUCCAGGAAAAGAAUAUGUAUUGUUUGUUUAGCAUUCCUCCCCCCUCCUUCCCCUGCUCGCCAGUUUCCCUUGAGUAAAUUGCCUGAGAAAGUAGGAAGCUAACGUAGUGUGUGAGCCCAGGGCUGCUUGUGGUUCCCUCUUCCAGGAGAGCACAGCUAGGCUGAAAGUGGAUCCGGGAUGUAGGAAAGGGUUGGGUCUAAAUUGUGGUCGAGGGCAGGAGUAUUUGCUUCUCGUUCCCGAAGGAGGCCUGUGACUCACCUAGGAACUGGCCUGUCAUCUGGGCUUCUGUCUGAGGCUGAUAGAGUUCUGGGUUGAGGGUCAGAUUAAUCUUUAAAUCAAAUCAGCAGAUAUAGACUAUCAGGCUCAGGAACCUGUGUCCCAAGUGUGUCCGCUAGAGCAGGGUUGUUCACGUAAACAGACACACAGACACACAUACUCUCUCUCGCACACACACAGAGACACACAUAGACACAGAGAGAGAGAGAGAGAGAGGAUGCACACUCACGCACACACUCUCUCCUAUAUAAAGGACACCUUUCAAAAGGCAGAACCAAAUACAUGGAAAUAUUUUACUGUCUUUGCUUAUCAUUCCAUAUACCACCAUACUUUAUUGUAUACAUUGAACUUUUACUCCAUUUUCAUUUCAAAUGCAUGAGGUGAGUUAAUGAAAAAGUUUUUCUUUUAUCCCAUUUAAUAACAUAGACGUCUCUUGCCUGAUGCUUCCUCUGUCUAAAAUCCAUUUCUAUGAGAAGGAUUCAAUUAUUUCCUGAAGACGAGUAGGCAUCCAUUAACUCAUCAUUGAUAAACUAAUAAGCACUCCCUCCUAGGGAUUUACCAAAUUAUGCCAUCAUACAAGAGAUGGCAUGAGAAUUAUUUAAGCAACCAGUGAAUCUGAAGGAAUGACUUUCACUUCUGAAACUGUAUCCUCUAGCAGGCAUUUCCUUCACUCCUAGGGAUUUAGCAGAUUUGGAAGAUAAUUAGAUACAAGGAGAAGGGCAAUAAAGCAGAAAGGGGAAAUAGCAAAGAAGUAAGCGCUCAGGCUAGGAAAACUAGCACACUGGCUAGAACACACAGAGGAACAGGCCAGCAUGAAGGAUAAUCAUGCUGCAUCUUGCUGUCAUUCUGGGUUGCAGAAGGCGUUUCAGGGCUCACCAUGAAGUAAGACAAGGAAGUUCAUCUUAAGAUCCCAUGGGAAAUUAACUAGAGAAAAAGGCAACUGUGGAGUGCUUCUUUUCCAUUAGACUUGUGGGUGCUGCAAAGUAGAGUGUGGAGAUUUCAGUUUGGCGCAUCCAGGCAUCCAAACCCCAGGGCUAGCGAACCCUAGGCGGGUUUGGACUGUAAGUCUUGGUGUGUAGACUCUCCAGAGUUGAGUCUCCAUUCCACGUGCGUUAGAGCAUCCAUCGAACAUUUUCAACACAAAGCCAGCAAUUUCAAAACCACUUCUGGUAUUAGACACAUUUCCCAUUAAAUAAGUCCUGUGGCUAAUGAAAGCAAUUGAUAACCAAAGAAAAAAGCUUUCUGUAGCCUCAAUAAGUUAUCCUGGAACUGAAAAGUGUCUGCUGUCCUCACUGAGGAGACAUCUGGGGCUCUAAAUGGAAGCUUAUUGCAGACAAUGAUGAUGAUAACCCACAGUCGGUAGCUUUGGAUGUUUAACCUCAAUUCACUCUUUAAUGAUAAUCAUAUGUAUCAAGUAGAGAAGCUAUGUAACCAUUUUGCUCAUUAUCCAGUUUAAUAAGCUCUCUCACUUGAUAGCCUUUUCCCUCCUCCCUCACUUGCCCUCCCUUCCUCCAUGAAACACCAUGGCUCACAGUACUUAGGUAAUAGUGAAUAUGUUUAAGAGCACAUAAGUUCCUACCUAGGAAGAGGUACAGGCAAAAGCAUAGACAAGAUAAAGAGAAAUGCUGAGACAUAUGUCACAGGAGAGGAGGAAUCUAGGUAAUGCUUGCCAGACAUUCCAGGACAUGGAGUCAUCGCGAUGGGAGGGAACUAGAGUUCUGGUUUUGUUUUUAAUUCUGUAACUUGGGAAGUUAUUCUUUUGGGGGCUAGAAUGGAUGGGCUGAGGGGUUUAUUAAGUCCUGUGCCAGCACUUUUCUCAUAAAGUUAUAAAUUCUGGACCAAUAGUGUUUGUUUCCUGAUUAUUGUAUCCAAUACUUUGUGUAAUAUGUAACUCACUCUUACUGAUAAUAAAAUAAAUUUUAGCCUGUAACA